AUGACAACACUCAUAAUCCACUGGGAUUUACGCAGAGAAUAUUGUGAUACUUAUGAAUUGUUUGGGGACUUCUGCUCGUGUUCCAACCCGGAGACCUUCGUGGCCGAUCGGAAUUUGAAUGCCAACAGUCAGAUAAACAAUGCCGUGGUUGUGAUGCUGGCUUAUCGUGUGCCGUCGUUACACAGGAGCCUCCAGUUCCUGACUCGGGCCCGAGGGUUCGACCGAUCGCGCAUCGAGACGUACACGAUGGCGCGACACCCGCAGCUGGCCAGGUUCCUCGAGCUCGUCGACCUUCCUCUCACGACGACCAACCAGACGCACGCGAUGCUCUCCACGGCCAUCGCUCGCCACCUCAUCUUCGCCCUCGCCCACGCCCUCCACACGCACCCCGACGCGCAGUUUGUCAUCGUUUUGGAGGAAGAUGUCCAGGUGUCGCCGGAUUUCUUUGUCUUCCUGAACAAGACAGCCCCGCUCCUGCUAGAAGAUCCGAGCCUGUACUGCGUGUCCGCACACAACGACCUCUCGUAUCCACAGACGUCGUAUGACCCGCGGGCGGUUCUUCGCACAGAGAGCUACCCGAACUACGGCUGGAUGGUGAGCCUGGAUGUCGCUGUUAAAUAUAGCCUCAUUGAAACUCCCUACAGUUUCGUGUCGCAGGUGAAACGAAGCUUUGCGGAGGAGAUGGUCUCUUCUCUGUCUGCCAUCGACGAGGAGUACGACUGGGACGUGGUCACUUACCACUAUCUGAGGCGUGGGCGUGAGUGCAUCAUCCCGGAGGUGUCCCGCUCAUUUCACUUCGCUCACGAGGGCUCGCACAUAUCCCAGCUCUCCGUCAGGAGGUAUUUUUCAAAUAAAAACCUUAACAAGGACCCCGAGGCAUUAGUUGAAGGGGUGGACCUAUUGCACCAAGAUAAAUACGAAGCCACCCUCGUCUCAAUGCUGGAAAGGGCAAAGUUCCUGAGGCUUCCAGAGGAGACUCCUUGCCAACGGGAUUUCUUUAGGAAAAUCAGUGUUCGAGAGAAUGAUGUCCUCGUCCUGUUCUUUCAGCUGGAUGGAGAUAUUAAAGUAUUUAGGAACAACGAUGUAUGGGCGACUCUAGCUCAUUGCUUGAAUAUUUUUGGCAUCGAGUCCAGGGAAGGUCACCAAGGACUGUACAGGCUGAGGUACGGUCCUGCACAUUUCCUGCUUGUGGCCCACCCCGCGUCGCCUUACAGGUUGGCUAUAGUUUUCACCAAAAUAUAUAUCACGUCAUUUCCAUAUAAGUUCCACGGUCGAACUAAGCCACACGUGCGUUUCCCCAACAGCCACUACAAGCCCGAGGAGGUGGGCGUCUUCAGUGCCUCGCCCGAAGAAGUCCUUUUCGCUCGCAACGCCACAACAAUUCACGAAGAACCCAACCCGAUGCCCUGUGAUAUGGACCAUUUCUUAGACACGGAUAUACCCUCUAAUCGCAAUAAAACCUGA